AUGGAUACACCUUCAUUGUUUCAUUGUCAAUCUGCUGAGAUGGCGGCUACUCCAGAAACAUCCACUGCUCCAAAGCCUCCAACGUUCAAGUCUAAAGUGGACGUCUGUCCAGCACCCGUCAAGGAAAAGUAUGAACGACUACCAAUGUUCGCCGUACCUGAACAUUAUGACAUAAAGAUUAUACCCGAUAUGAAAACCUUUACAUUUAAUGGAACUGUAGCUCUGACGAUUCGCAUAUUGGAGCCAACAAACAUCUUGAAACUCCAUAUGGUCUCCAUCAAGCUAAGUUCGGUGAAGUUGACCUUAGAUGGUGAUAUAGGUAU